CCAGACGUUUUUCUGCUGCUGAAAACAGAUAUGAGCCUAACGACAUUAAAGGUCUCAUUUCGUAUUGAUUUGUCUGCAGCCAUCUGAGCAAACAGAGCAGGAUUAUUUAAUGCAAUUUAUGUUCUUUUUGUUUCCCCUGAGUCUCGGGACACGCAGCGGAGAGUUGAGAAGGAGAGCAGGCAACACUUUUUGAGUACCUGCUGCGUAGCGUUGCCUGCUGGGUGUCCAAGCACAGCCUGUGAGGGGACAGUUAUCGCUUUUUUGGCCUGCAUGAUGAUUGCGGGAACAGACGCACAAAAUAACACAGCAAGUCCAAACUCAGUGGAGCUAGACACGGAGCAUGCACAGAGAGUCCCCGGGGCAGAACAGGGAGGGGUCCCAGCCCCCCAGGUCAAGCUGAAAGAGAGGCAGAAAUUCUUUGAGGAGGCCUUCCAGCAGGACAUGGAGCAGUACCUGUCUACUGGCUACCUGCAGAUUGCUGAGAGGAGAGAGCCAAUAGGAAGCAUGUCGUCCAUGGAGGUGAACGUGGACAUGUUGGAGCAGAUGGAUCUGAUGGACAUGUCUGACCACGAAGCCCUGGAUGUGUUUCUGCACUCUGGGGGAGAGGACAACAGCGCUGCCUCGCCAGUCACAGGUCCAGAUGUGGAGUCCUUCACCACAGAAAUCAGCCUCCAGGUUCCCACCCAGGCUGAGCUACGCCACAAGCUUUCCUCGCUUUCAUCCACCUGCACCGACUCAGCCAGCCAGGACACGGAGGCCGGGGAGGAGGAUGACGAGGAAGAGGAGGAGGAGACCGAGCAGGGAGGAGGCGUCGCAGGAUCGGGGGGAGGAGGAGGAGGAGGAGGAGGAGGAGGAAGGAGGAGAAGGCCCCCCGUGGUGGUGGCCCUGGAUGAAGAGGAGGUGCACCCGGAUACGGCGCUGGUGGACAGGGUGGAGCGAGAGGACCAGAGCAGCAAAGACUGUGAGGAGAGCAGGCCGAAGGUUUGA